CUUCUCAUGAAAUUAUUGUCUCCGUCAUUUUGGGAUGUUCAUCAUGAUGAAGACUCAUCAGUUAUUGUUUGUUCUUCUCGGCUUUUUGUCUGCUCACCUUCACGUCGACGCAUAUGUGUUGGAUGAAGAUUCCGGUCUUGAAGAACUCUUUACCAUGUGCAUGAACGGCUCUUGUGAAAGUGAAAGCUUUUCAUGCACCAACCGUUGCGGUUCGUCGCUGCCCAACUCUCGAAGUUGCCAGUGUGACCACGAGUGCCUUAUUCUCGGCGACUGCUGUCUUGAUUACGAACACCUCUGCAUCCCUCUAGCGAUUCGCCAUCACACGAGGAUGGUGGCUUCGUCUUUGCCUGUACCUGAUACUAGUCUGUCGUCCUCUGUGAGUCAGGAGGACGAAGGCAACAGAGCUGCGUCAUCCAUCGGGGACAAUUUCUUGAUCCCGCCGAGUGUCAUCGUCGCUAACUAUCCAGACUUCGACCUGUCUUUAAGGAGAUCCCACAUGCAUUUAGGCGACAGGGCCUGUGUUAAGGCUUCGACUGUGGAUCUAACAGGAUUCAGACAAAUCACUACCAAGGAGAUGUGUUAG